GUGCAGAGUUUCUCGGCUGUUCUCUUUUGCCUUGGGACUGUGCGAUUGGACUGCAGCCCCACUCUCUGUCCCGUCUUUGUUCUCCUGUUUUGAUAAGAAACACGAGAAGAGCUUCUCCGCUCCACAGUCAUCACUUCUGCCACUUUUCUUUACAGUCUACAGUGUCGGGCCGCUUUGCAGAGCACACAAAAUGAAUGGCACAGUGGAUGGGAUCUACGACCACUCUCCUCAUGACGGCUCCUUCAUGUUUACCUCCGAGUCUGUGGGAGAGGGACACCCUGAUAAGAUAUGUGACCAGAUCAGUGACGCUGUGCUGGACGCUCACCUGAAGCAGGACGCAGACGCCAAAGUGGCUUGUGAGACGGUGUGUAAGACCGGCAUGGUGCUGCUCUGUGGGGAGAUCACGUCCCGAGCCCACGUGGACUACCAGAAGGUGGUGAGAGAAACCAUCCGAAACAUCGGAUAUGACAACUCGGACAAAGGUUUUGAUUAUAAGACCUGUAACGUGCUGGUGGCCCUCGAGGAGCAGUCCCCCGACAUCGCACAGGGAGUUCAUAUUGAUCGUCUGGAGGAUGACAUUGGAGCUGGAGACCAGGGUCUGAUGUUCGGAUACGCCACAGAUGAGACAGAGGAGUGCAUGCCCCUCACCGUCGUCCUUGCCCACAAACUCAACGCCAAGAUGGCCGAACUGAGACGUAACGGGACCGUCCCCUGGCUCCGCCCGGACUCCAAGACACAGGUGACGGUCCACUACACCCAGGAGAAUGGCGCAGUGAUCCCCACCAGGGUUCACACCGUGGUGAUCUCCGUGCAGCACGACGACUACGUGAGUCUGGAGGAGCAGAAGAAGGUCCUGAAGGAGAAGGUCAUCAAGGCCGUGGUCCCCUCGAGGUACCUGGAUGAGAACACCGUCUACCACGUGCAGCCCAGCGGACGCUUUGUGAUCGGGGGGCCCCAGGGCGAUGCUGGAGUGACGGGCAGGAAGAUCAUCGUGGACACGUAUGGAGGUUGGGGGGCCCACGGCGGCGGGGCAUUCUCUGGGAAGGACUACACCAAGGUGGACCGCUCGGCGGCCUACGCUGCCCGCUGGGUGGCAAAGUCUCUGGUUAAGGCCAAACUGUGCAGGAGGGUGCUGGUGCAGGUGGCGUAUGCGAUCGGAGUCGCCCACCCGCUCUCCAUCUCCCUCUUCACCUACGGCUCCUCUCAGCGGAGCGAGAAGGAGCUGCUGCAGAUCGUCAAUAAAAACUUUGACCUCAGACCCGGCGUCAUCGUCAGAGACCUGGACCUGAAGAGACCGAUCUACCAGAAGACGGCCUGCUACGGACACUUUGGCAGGAAGGAGUUCCCCUGGGAGGUCCCAAAGAACCUCAACUUCUAGAGUAUCAAAGUGUGUGUGUGUGUGUGUGUGUGUGUGUGUGUGUGUGUGUGUGUGUGUGUGUGUGUGUGUGUGUGUGUGAUGUAUAGAUAGCUGUCCUCGUGAUCCUGUAACCCAGUAAGGGAAAGGGAGCUGGGUGGGUUCAGAUAAUCUCUGGUGAUUGGACGAGGAGGGAAACAGGUUCCAUCCGUAACAGAUGACCCCUCAAACGUGACAUGACAUGUGAGUGAGCGAUCUGGUAUUUUUGUCCCAUCGAUUCGGUGUACAGUGACGUGCCUGCAGUUUGUUUCACACUAAAACUGGUUGUUUGCAACAAUUUUCUGUCCAGAAAUAAGUGAAUGACCAAAAUGUGAAGAGCGAGCAGCCAUGCCUAUGUUUGAACCACUUUAAUGUCUUAAGAAAAAUCUACAUUUUUGUUAUUGUUGUCAGUAUUUUUAUAUGAUUAUUACUGUACAAUGCAGGUUUUAGUGUGCCUUUGGAUGAGCUAAAGCCUUCUGGAAGAUCUUAAACUUUUACAUAGAGUAAAGUAUGUAGGGGUUAAUAGUUUUUUAGGGGUUUUGUUUUUUUCAGCAUGAAAUCAAAUCUGCUCCCUGACGCUACUAUUUUGGUCCGUGUUCAAGAAAAAAAACUACUGUUUCUGAAGUUUUAAAUGAUCUGGUAUUAAAACAAGAAUUUAAUCCUGCAGAAGAUAUACAGCAGAUAUACCAAAGAUUGUUAGUCACUCAUAAGUUGUAUCCGAACAUUUACACCAGUUAUUUUAAUCAUCCUUGUCAGUAUUUAUAUAUGAUAGAUAACUGCCUGCUGGCAGAGAGUCUGCAGAUAAUCAAAAGUCUUCAAAGUUACAGUAUAAACUCUUGCUGUAAACUAUAAGUUUUGUAAGUUGAUGCACAAACAUUUAUUCUUCUAAAUAUACUAUUGUGUUUUCUCUCCACCCUCAUCGUAGUUGUAUUUUAUUUGGUAUCAAACCAAAUGACCUGCAGACACUCAAUCUGCACAGAAUGACAACAAAAGACGAGAUGUGAGGGCAAGAAACAAAUCGUUGCUAUCCAGCAGAAACCUUGUAUCUCCAUAUUUUGAUUCUUUUUUUUAUAAAUUAGUGCUAUUGGCGUAGGAAUAAUUUACAGGGACAAUGGGGAUGUUACAACCCCCCCCAAUAAAAACUGUCCAGUGCAACCCACCCCAAGAACCUAUUAUAUUUUCCUUUACAUAAAUAAAGACGUGCACCAUAACUGGAUGCAGAAAAGGUACAACACUGAACCCAAAAUUACGCCCUUAGCUAGUGGUCACCCUGUACGUUUGUCUGUGGGUAUCACAAAUAUUUAAACAGUGACGAGGUCGAUUUUGUCUGGGGUGAAUAGCUCAAUAAAAUGUUUUUAAUUUAGCCUUUUUUUCAUUUCUUUAAAAAAAAAACAUACAAGGUUUUCACCCGACAGCGACGAGAUGUAGAUGUCCCAAAGAAAUUUCAAAUGUUAGAGACCUAUAAGGUGAAAAAUAGAGAAAACCUGCAUGCUGCUGCAGGUCCUAAAAUGAUUACAUGCAGUAAAGACUCUGAAGUUGUUUUUCUUUUUCAAUAAAUCAGUGCACACGCCUGCAUUCUAAACAUACGAUUACAUUUUCUUAAGAGGUUCACGUUCGAGAGGAAACUGCCUUAAGUUUCAUAUUAUUCUGUACUGAAACAUUAUAAAUUCCAUUAAGAGCUGCGGACACUUGCAAAGCAAAGAUGAGAUGUGAUCUAGACGUCCUAAAGAUGUUUCAAAUGUCAGCGACUUAUAACUUGGGAACCCUGAAUGCUUCCUAACAUUUAUUUUGAUAUAAUAAGACAGCUGCGGGUUUUACUGGAUGAUCUAAAGCAGUGAUUCACAACCUUUUUU